AAACGCUGGGUGUCGUUGUACAGAGACGAGGUGUUACCCCUGUUGGAGACAAAACAGUGGUUAGUAGUGUCUGAAAACCAGAUGAUAAUGUUGGGGUUAGUUUGUGGUCGUUAUUUAUCAGGGUUGUUCCAGAAACAAAUCAUUUGUUUUCGCGCACUAAAAAAGACUUGUAGCCAAAACGGUCUGGUGAGCUGGAUGGCGACAUGUACACCCGCUCCAUUAUUAAGAGCCACACCUUGUCGUGCUUCAGUUGAUGAGGUGAUCGCUCUGAAGGCAUAUCAUCUGCCACGAAACUUCCCUGUGACCAUGAGAGCGCGGAUGACAUGUGAGGAUGGACAUUUGUGGCAGUCCCUCUCUCUCUACCACGCUGAUAAGGAUGGAGUUGUAGACUUGACAAAAGACUCCUCUGUCGGUGGUUCAUAUGUUGGUUGUGAACCGAUGGGCCUCUUUUGGAGUCUUCAGCCUGCACCUGGUGGAAAACAAGGUCUGAGGUUGAGAAAGAAACAUGUUGAGACUCCAUACACAGUGGACGUGUCCAUGCUGGAAGGCCACAUUUCUCCUCUGAAUUCCUGUAAAGAUAAGCAGAGUAACGGAGAGCAUGAGCUGGCUACUGUCUCACUUCAGCGCUGGUACAUGGUGCCUGGCGUGAGGAGGAUUGAAAUACGGCAAAAUGGAGUUGUGGGGACUCUAUUCCUCCCUCCAGGUCCAGGUCCGUUUCCAGCAGUUUUAGAUCUGUGGGGUUUGGCUCGAGGCCUAGUGGAGUAUCGGGCUGCUCUGUUUGCCUCACACGGUCUGGCCUCAAUGACUUUAGCCUACUUCGGUCAUGAAAAUCUUCCUGGACCCCCAAAACGCAUCAAUGUGGGGGACUCCUACUUCAAGGCAGCGUGGCAGGUUCUGUGUGAUCAUCCACAGGUGUGUGAGGACCGCAUUGCCAUCAGUGGGAUUUCAUUUGGGGUUUUCAUAGCUCUACGGAUCGCCACGUCCCUUCCCGUUAAUCCAAAGUGUGUGGUUUGCAUCAAUGGACCGUUCUGCAGCAUCAACAAAUUAUUUACUGAUGAUGGAGAGAAUAUUGAUGGAGAGCAAAAACACUGGAGCAUUAAUGAUCAAGGCUACGUGAGUUUCAAGGACAUCUCUUUACCUCGUAAUGUUCCACCUGAAAACGUUAUUCAGAUUGAGAAGGUGCGCUGCCCUCUGCUGUUCAUCGUUGGAGAGGAAGAUUUAUGCUGUCCAUCUACUGAGAACGCAGAUGAGAUCGAAAGACGCCUGCACACAGCAGGUAAAUCUCACCUGUUUACUGGGGUGUCGUACCCUGGAGCUGGUCACCUGAUCGAGCCACCAUACACACCGACUAGCCACACCUCCGUCUGGGCCAGUCAACCCAAUCAAUCUAUGAUUCAGUGGGGAGGAAACCUGAAGCAACACGCAGCCGCUCAGGAGGACUCAUGGCAGCGCAUCCUGAGGUUUCUGGAAAGUAAUCUAAGAGGGGAGGACACAGAUUAGUUCUGAACACACCAUUUU